GACUCUUCUUCUCUUAAAUCAAUUGAAUCAAUGUUACAAGACGUUCAGUUUAUUACCACCCCUGAAGCCAAGCCUCAACCGGCCGCUUCAAAUGAAUGUGGUGUUUGGACCAGUGAUUCUCCCUCCAUCCACAACGCUCCCUUGCCAGCGGAUGGUCCUGGAUCCACCCAUUUCUCCAACCUCGCCUUGUUGGGUUUCUUAACCCUUAUCCCAGCAUACAUCGUCCGCAAAAUCGGAUUAGGAUUCAAGUCCUGGGUCGUGCUUGCCUUGUUGUUGGCCGUUCCUAUCUUGAUGGCCUACUGGACUGUGUUGUCUACUUACUCCCCCCGUAUCAAUGAAAAGGUCAAGUACCCAAACCGUCCAAUCUCCUACUACUUGGAGUACCACACCGAUGAAUUAAAGGCCAAGUACGAAACCUCAAAUGGUGGUAAGGGUAAGAAAAUCCCAAUUGAAACUUUCCAAGAAUUGUUCUUUGAAGGUAAGGUCAGUUUCAAGGGUGAUUGUUUGGAUGUGUUGGAAUACAAGCACGAUUGGGCCACUUUCCAAUUCACCUUGUCCUUGUUUAGAUUCUUCCUCUUGGGUAUGAUUCCUGAAGUCAUCAUGCAUUCCAAGUCCCAAGAUGAAGAACAAGUUAGAGAACAUUACGACCGUGGUGACGAUUUCUACACUUGGUUCCUCGGUCCAAGAAUGAUCUACACUUCUGGUGUCAUUAGUGACAUCACCAAGGAAGAAUCUCUUGAGCAAUUGCAAGACAACAAGUUGAAGAUUGUUGCUGACAAGAUUGACUUGAAAGAAGGUGAACAUGUUUUAGAUUUGGGUUGUGGUUGGGGUACUUGGGCUACCUACGCUUCCUCCCAAUAUGGUGCCAAGGUCACUGGUAUUACUUUAGGUAAGAACCAAACCAAGUGGGGUACCACCUUGUUGAAGGACUAUGGUGUUGAUUCUGACCAAUCUCGUAUUGUCUGUGUUGAUUAUCGUGAUGCUCCAAAGUCUUCCAAGGCCAAUGGUAAGUAUGACAAGAUCACUUGUUUAGAAAUGGCUGAACACGUUGGUAUCAGAAGAUUCACUGCUUUCUUACAACAAGUCAGCGACUCUUUAGAAGAUGAUGGGUUAUUCUACUUACAAUACGCCGGAUUGAGAAAGAACUGGCAAUAUGAAGACUUGAACUGGGGUUUAUUCAUGAACAAGUACAUUUUCCCUGGUGCUGAUGCCUCUACUCCAUUGAGUUUUGUUGCUUCUUGUUUGGAAUCCGUUGGUUUUGAAAUUGUGUCUGUUGACAACAUCGGUGUUCACUACUCUGCCACCUUAUGGAGAUGGUACAGAAACUGGAUUGGUAACAAGGAUAAGGUUGUUAACAAGUAUGGUGUCAAAUGGUAUAGAAUUUGGGAAUUCUUUUUAGCCUCCUCCACUGUGGCUUCCAGAAACGGUACUGCUACUUGUUACCAAUUUGUUUUGAGAAAGAAUUUGAACUCUUAUAGAAGAGUUAACUAUAUUCCUAAACAAAAGGGAUUAUUGGCUCCAGUUCAAGAAGGUACUCAAUGGGCCAAAGAAUACAAUAAUUUCUAUUAAUCGGUAUUUGAAAGUUCAAAUCCCAUAGACGAUUGUAAAAGAAAAGACAAUAAUGUUCUUUGUUGCAGAAGUAACUCCAUUUAUAUGUAAGUGUAUAGAUUAAUCGUAUUGCUGCAAACCAAUUAAAACGUGUAUGGAACAAAAUCUCACCUAAACUUUUUAAAAAAAAAAUAUUUUCUGAGAUUAUCCUCGGAGUUUCCCAAGUUACUCGGGGUUUCAUCUCCAACCAGAAAUUCCUUAUUUUAGAAAGAUAGAGCGGAACAAUGGGGAUGGUGAAUGGAUAUCACAGGUGAAUUCCAUAUAUUGACUCGUACCUUUGUGACUCAAGGUCGAGCGGAUAACCGGAUUAUUCGAGAUCCUGUAGCAAUCGUAAUCUAGCAGAGAUCUUCUUCAAUGCCCGUGAAAUACCAGCAUGUCAAGACACCUGCUCCAUACACAAACAAAUACACACGCACACACCUUCAGUAUAAAUUUCACUAAUCCGGAGUCUGAGUCCGAG